GAAAAGUAAAGAGAGGACUGCAGAGUUUGGGACUUUGUGCAGACGUGUUCAUAGUGCAGAGGGCGGGAGGGAGGAAAGAAAAGAAGGAGGGUGUCAGGAGCUGAGGCCCCACCUUUCAUUCCAGCAAAGUGCACCAACGGAGCAGAGAUGAGUCACAGGCUCCGGAGCUCAGAUUCCCAUAGGUGAGGUACUGACUCCUCUCUCUGGGAAAACGCGGGUGCUCGCUCCUCAGGAGUGGCCUUGGCAGGGUGUUGGAGCCCUCAGUCUGCCCGGUCUGGUCUCUGGGGCCAGGGCUGGGUUUCCCUCAUGUAUGGCAAGAGCCUUACGCGUGCUGUGCUUCUUCUCCUUGGCAUACAGCUCACAGCUCUUUGGCCUAUAGCAGCUGUGGAAAUUUACACCGCCCGAGUGCUGGAGGCUGUCAACGGGACGGAUGUUCGGUUAAAAUGCACUUUCUCCAGCUUUGCCCCUGUGGGUGGUGCUCUAACAGUGACCUGGAACUUCCGUCCCCGAGAUGGGGGGCCAGAGCAGUUUGUAUUCUACUACCACGUGGAUCCCUUCAAACCCAUGAGUGGGCGCUUCAAGGACCGGGUGGUCUGGGACGGGAACCCUGAGCGGUAUGACGUCUCCAUCAUCCUCUGGAAGCUGCAGUUUGAUGACAAUGGGACAUAUACCUGCCAGGUGAAGAACCCACCUGAUGUUGAUGGGCUGAUAGGGGAGAUCCGGCUCAGCGUUGUGCAGACUGCACGCUUCUCUGAGAUCUACAUCCUGGCCCUGGCCAUGGGCUCUGCCUGUGCACUGAUGGUCAUAAUAGUAAUUGCUGUGGUCCUCUUUCAGCAUUUCCGGAAAAAGCGAUGGGCUGAAAGAGCUCAUAAAGUGGUGGAGAUAAAAUCGUAA